AUGAGUAAAGGACUUAAUGUAGCGCACACAUUCUACCGGGCAGGACAUCGAGUUAUUGGCGCUGACUUCGAAUCAUAUCUGAUUCCAGUAUGCGGUCACUUUUCAACAUCCAUCGAUAAAUUUUACCGGCUCUCUAGGCCUACGUCUGAGGCCGGGUCGGCACAAUAUAUACAGGAUCUGAUUGACAUUAUCAACAAAGAGGGCGUGGAGUUAUGGGUUCCAUGCUCAGGCAUAGCGUCUGGUAUCGAAGAUGGUGAAGCUGCGGAAGCAAUCUCGAAGGAAACACGCUGUAAAGCCGUACAGUUUGGACUCACGCUCACGGAAACACUGCACGAGAAACACUUCUUCAUAGACAACACAAGAAACCUAGGUCUCAACGUCCCAGAUACGCAUCUAGUAACCUCUGAAACCGAGAGCCUCUCAGUCUUGUAUCCCGAGAAGCCCAGGCCAACGAUGCGACCAAAUGAUAAGUACAUCAUGAAGAGUAUCCUGCUCGACGAUUCAAACCGCUCCAAUAUGACACAACUCCCUCUCCCGACGCUAAGAGAAACGGAAGCACACAUCAAGCGUAUGAACCCUACCCCUUUCCGGCCAUUCGUCCUACAGAAAUUCAUCAAAGGACCGGAAUACUGCACACACAGCCUCAUCAUCGGUGGAAAAGUUAAAGCCUUCGUCGCUUGCCCCUCCGCAGAGCUCCUCAUGCACUACACGCCCCUCCCUACCUCAUCAGCCCUCUCGCAAGCUAUGCUCCUCUACACCACGCUGUACGCAAGAAAAACGGGGAACGGUAUGACGGGGCACUUCUCGAUCGAUUUCCUCGUGGAGGAGGAAGUUGCUCGUGUGGCGGAGACGAGGAUGGGGGUCCAGGAGAGCGAAGUCAAGGAGCUGAUGCAGAAGAUCUAUCCGAUUGAAUGUAAUCCACGUGUUCACACGGCCGUGGUGUGUCUCAGCGAUGUAUGUGAAGAUUUGGCAGCGGCUUAUCUCUCUAUUCUGCCAGAUCAUGAGCCAAAGGGUGUUUCGAAUGGGCAUAAGAGCGAGGCGCUCGUUGUACCGACACCAGGUGUUCCGGGGUACUACUGGAUAGGGCACGAUCUCGUGACGAGAGUCAUAUUGCCCGUUCUGAGUGUCCUGAGAUCUGAAAUCGGGGUACGGGAUAUGUUGAGGAUGUGGAUGGAGUUCGCGGAGCAUGUGCUGUACUGGAGAGAUGGAACGUGGGAAGUAUGGGAUCCUUGGCCGGCAUGGUGGCUGUACGUUGGGUAUUGGCCAGAGAUGUUCUUGGUCAGUAUCUGGGAGAGGAAGUGGUGGAGCAGGUGUAAUGUGAGCACGAACAAGAUGUUUGGUUGUUGA